AUGAGCAAACAGGCUGUUGAUAUACCGGAACAAAAAGACUCGAGACGGGUCCCAAAACCUCUCAUGGAGAAAAGGAGGAGAGAUCGCAUUAAUCAAAGCCUAGAAACUUUGAGAACGCUAUUACUUGAGAAUACACACAAUGAGAAACUAAAAAACCCUAAAGUGGAAAAGGCUGAAAUCCUGGAAAGUGUUGUGCACUUCCUAAGAGCUGAACAAGGAUCAGGGAAUGACCCUUUUCAAAUCACUAGAGGAAAAAGGGCACGCACUGAGGAGUAUGAUGAAGACCUGAGCUCACCUUGCAAACGUCAGAGCUACCGAGAUGGAAUGAGGACAUGUCUCUUACGAGUCAGCCAUUUUAUUGCUAGCAAAAGCCAUGAGUAUGGGAAGGGAGUGGAAAAAACAUGUGAAAACCUGCACAAAUCACACCCAAUGCUGCAUUCUCCACUAUCCCACAGAGAAACUCAGGUGCAUCUGUAUGAGGAUCCAACACAGCAACAUCUCACUCAUGUCCAACUGAGCAAUUCUUGCACACCAUCUGGCUGCGCAAAACUUGCACAAAUAACUGUCUUGUCUGCUCCCACCAUGACUUCAAGUCCUAAGCAACCUGUUAUGAUCUGUGACUCUGUCUGGAGACCUUGGUAGAAGAUCAUGUCCUUGCAUAUAGCU